GGAUAACCAAGCUUUAGCACUUCUUUCCGAGAGUGCCAUCAAGAUGUUAGAGGGUCUAAUAGCAGGACUCUUAAACAAGAUAUUGGGUUCCUAUGUGGACAACCUGGACACCAAACAGCUGAAUAUCGGUGUCUGGGGUGGACAUGUAAGUCUUCAAAAUCUUGCAAUUAAGCCAGAAGCGUUGGACAAAUUGGGUGUACCUAUAAAAAUCACCAGAGGAUUCAUAGGUAAUUUCAACUUAGAAAUGCCUUGGUCAGAUUUACAAAAAAAAUCUUUAAAAGUAAAAAUUGAAGAUAUAUACCUAUUAAUUCGGCCUCAAGGAAAAAGUUCAUUUUCCGAACAAGAACUAAAAGAGUCACGCCAGGCUUUUAAGCAAGAACAACUUGAUAGUUUUGAAAUAUUAAGAAAAAACUUUCGAGAAGCACUUGAUGAUGCGAAUACUACCACGACGAACAGUAAAAAACAAUCCCUCCUAGAGUUUAUGAUUGCUAAGUUAACUGCUAAUCUCGAGAUUUCAGUUGGCCGAGUGCAUUUGCAUUAUGACGAUGAUUUAAGCGAUUGCAAACACCCUUUUUCGUUAGGGGUUACUCUGAAUUCGCUACGAUUACAUUCUACAGACGACGAUUUUAAAGAUUAUUUAUUACCUUCUGACCCCCUUCCCGAAAGUUGUAUCCACAAGUAUUUAUUUGUUGAUUAUGUUUCUAUUUAUUAUAUAGAUAAGUGCAUGAUACCUAGAACUUGCUCUCCCGAAGAGAUCUUUGCCAAAUUACGGCAAGCCAUUCCCGAUUGCAUACGAUCUCCGAAAUUUGAUUAUAUAUUAAAACCAAUGACAGUAAACGGUCACUUUGUUUUAUUUCGACAUCCUGAUGAUCAGAUUAUGCAGUUACGGGGCACUCUGUCGAUUGACGAAAUAUCCUUUGCUCUAAGUGAUGCCGAAUUUAAUAGUCUUUUAACUAUGAUAGAUUAUUUCAAGCUUAUGUUGAGGCAACAGCUAUAUGUGCACUUCCGUCCCAAAGUAAGCCCGAAGGAUGAUCCUCUUGCUUGGUUUAGAUACACUGCUCUAGUUGUUAAAGAUUCCAUCCACCAAAAGCAGAAGCAAUGGGCUUGGAAGUAUUUCAAAUCUCGUCGUGAUGAUCGUGUACUGUAUAUGGAUAUAAUCCGUAGAAGAUAUUUAAAUGAGGAAGUUGAUAGCGAUGAAAUUCAUUUACAGAAAACAAUUGAACAGAGGACGAACAUUUAUGAUCUUCUCAAAUAUCGGUCCCGUGUUCAUACUUCCCUCCUAAACGAAAAGAAUCCUGAUUAUUUAAAGUUAAAAAAAUCUGCUAUUCAAGGCUGGUUUGAUUGGGCAGCAGCACAUAUUCGAAAACCACGAGAUAAUGUUUCUGAUACUCCUAGGUUCACUGAAGAAGAACAGAAACAGUUUUUUUCUUCUAUAGAAUGGAGUGGACAAGUUUAUCCUAACAGCGUUGCACUGAACCCGGAUACUUGUAUUGCCGUCUUUAAUAUUUCCAUUGACAGAGGAAGCUUUUCAAUAAUUUCAAAGUCUGAAAAUAAGAAUAGCAUGAUUAUUCAACAGCGCUUCGAAGGAUUUGAAACUGAAUGCUUGGUUCGUCCACGAUCUUUUAAACUAAAGGUUUCCUUACAGGAUUUGGAUGUAUUGGAUGGGGUUACCAAUCCUAACUUCCCUCCUACUAAAGUUGUUUUCUGCAAGGAUUCCGAUGGUAUUAAAGAAAGUAAUUCGAAAAUACCAGAAAAUUAUAGAGAACAUUUGUUUUUCCUUUUAUUCGAUUCUUAUUCUUUGGACUCAAAGGCUAGUUCGGUCUUAUUGGUUCAUCUUAGAACCCUCAUUUUAGUUUACAAUCGAACUUGUGUUGAGAGACUUAUUGAAUUUUUUCUACCAUCUCGAACGAAACUCGAACAUGUCACGGAAUGGAGUUAUUCAGCUGCUGCCAAGGUUAUGAAUCUAGCUAGACAAACGAGAGCCAGCCUAGAUUAUGCACUUGAACAGCAUAAGACAGCAGAUAUGACUAUCGACUUACAGGCUCCUCUAAUUGUAGUUCGUCAAAAAUGUUCGGAUUAUGAUAGCCCUACUUUAUUUCUCGAUGUCGGUCGCAUCGUCGCUCAUACUCAGCUUGUAGAUGAUCAACUUAUUGAGAAAUUUCGUUGUCUGCAAAGCAAACAGAUCAAUUCCGAACUUAUGGAACAAUUAAAAAACUUAAUGUACGAUCGAUUUGUCAUUUCACUAUAUGAAACGAGGUGUUUAAUAGCUCCAAACUACGAUGUUGGGAUGUCCUCUUUGUCAGUAGAAUCUGAUUAUCACGUUUUAAAGGAGUGUUCUUUGGAUAUUAGUUUUGAGAUAUCCAUUCUACAGAAAGCUACUAACCUAACCAAGUUUCGCGUGUUCAGUCAUAUGAAAAGUGCCGAAAUUAUGUUCACCGAUGAUCAAUAUCAAGUAUUUACCAAUAUGAUGAGUAAUUUGCUACCCGAUUUUCCAGCUAUGGAAAUACCAUUUACGACUCAACAAUUUCUUGAUGCAGUCAAACCCCCUGAGUUUUAUGAUGCUUCAGAAUCUUUUCAGCAAACAUCACAAGAUUUCUCAAAUAAAUUAACGAACACAAGGAUAGUUGAGUUUAUAGCUCAAGAGGUGUUUGCCUUUUACUUUACUGUUGAUAGUGCCGUGUGCUCCAUGUAUUGGAGAUUCAACGAGAAAGUAAUUCCUAUCAUGCGUGCUUCGACUACUUUUGCAGUGGAGCUGGUUGUUCGAAAGUUUGACUAUCAUGUUCUAGUAACUCUUACGGACUUGACUAUUAAAGAAUUUACGUAUCCUUCAGGAGUAUGCAAUAACGUCCUGGUGGAACCAUCUUCAGAUGCUAUUGAUGAAGCCUCUGGUAAGGUUAUCAUUAGUUAUACGAGCAUUGAUGAGGAUUCACCCGAGUUACAGCCAAUUUACGAAGGCGUUAGGGUUACAAUCGGCGUUGCGAUAUCCGAUUUACGUCUUAAUGUUGUACCUGCUGGUUUUAUACUUAUAUAUGAUUACAUUUUAUGUACAUUCACCCCUUUGUAUAACGCUUAUAAGGUAACUGAGGGAACGGAUAAUGGUGCAGCAAAUGACGAUAAAUACCAAAACGUCGAAAAGUCAAGUAUAAAUGAGAAUGCCAAUUUGCGCCUUGAUCGCGUUAAUAUCUAUUUGUAUGAUAGAGAAGUCAGCUUUUCCAUACUCAAUCUGGAAAAUCUGAAACUAUAUAUGGAAUUCCGAAAUUCGUUUUCUCUUCAAGCUCAUUUUUAUAAAGCUGAGGUUCUAAAUUGCUUAGAUGGUUGCGCUACCCCUUCAAAAAUAUUAUCAAUUGAUAAUGAGGAUUUAUGCAAUUUGCAAUAUGAAAGCUACGAUGUUAACAUGGAGAAAAAUGGAGAUCUACAGCAAGACUCGAGCUUAGAUUUAUCUCUAGGUCCCGUUACCUUAACUUUUGUAGAGGAAUACUUUAAUUCUCUGUACGGGUUUUUCAUGAAAUACAAAAAGCAAAAGGAUCUUUAUGACUCUGUUAAGUAUGAAUUAUAUUAUAAAUUAUAUGGAAAAGAAAAUACCCGUACUUUCACAAAAACUGAAUUUCAUGUACGCAAUCCUACGAUUGUCUAUGAGGGAAUUGUUUCUCCCAAUGAACAAGUCAGGUCUUCUAUUUUUGUUAACGUUGGUUCCUUUUGUAUAAGUAAUGAAGCUCCAAAAGUUGACGAUAAUCAAAGGAAAUCUCUGACCAAAAUGGAGAUUAAUGCAAUUAAAGUCUCUACAUCACUUUCUAAUGUCAAGCAGCGAAUACAACUUUCAAAAAACUUUGAUUUCAAGAUCAAUCUUAAUUACGCAACGGAUUUGAAUACUCUUUCUAGUGUUCUCCAAAUAGAUGCAAAAACCCCCCAUCUGGAGGUGGAUAUGUGUGAUCCUCAUCAUGUACUUUUGUGGUCAUUUUACAAUGCUGUUACUGGCUUUACAAACCUGGAUGUACAUUAUUCUGAUAAACAGUUAAGGAAUGAACUAGUGACAGCCUUGUCGAGGAAUGGAACGAUUAGGGCAUUGACUUUACCUGAGAUGACUUCUAAUGAAUUCUCGAUAGUUGUACUCUAUAACUUUCAAAAGAUACGCUAUAAUGUUUUUACUGACGAUGUAUUUGAAAACCAUACUAAUUUGAUGGCUCUACAUACUAUCAUGGAUUUCUCUCAUUUACAAGCUGAGCAAUAUAUGUAUGCAAAUGGUCGUAAUUAUACCGAGUUUUCAAUUUUCGAAAUACAAUUUUAUGAUGUUAAUAGAAGAGAACAUCAUAUUUUAAACAAAACCUUUCAGUACCCUGACGAACACCACACGCUUCUUAUAGGUUCACUUAAUUAUGUGACCCCCAUGCCAAAGUCGAACUUGAUUAUUGAAGUGGACUCGGCGAAGGUAUACGCUAACUUUGACUAUCUGUAUCCAUUAUGGUCCAUUUUCGUUCAUUGGCAUCGCUCUUAUUUAAACACACUGAAGUUUUUGAAUAAUAGAGCGUUGGUAUCAAAAGAAGCCUCUACCCAAAUAGAAGAAUGUACGUUAUUUUACAGGAUCACAUUCGUUGAUUUAUCCCUUCUGUUUUUUAAGGACAUACAAGCCCCGGUGCCAUAUAUUCUUCCUGUUAAUUUUGGUGAACUAUUGAUAACCCAACAAUCAAUAUUGGCUAUAACCGCAAAUAACGUUACUUUAAAUGCUCAAACAAUGGACAAUACGUCGAACGUUAGUACUCAGUUAGUAGAUCCGUUUGGAUUUCGAUUUGCGUACUCCUUGCAUAAAGCCAGCAAUAUGCAGGUAAUGUCUAACAUAUCAUUGGAUUUUGAAGCACUGAUAAUUCGAUCUACGUAUCCAGACUUGUUAUUGUUAAAAAAAGUGUCACAAGAUGUUUAUAAUUUCUACUAUGCUUUAUACGCGGUGCCCCUUAAAGAGGGAGAAGACUUGAAAGAAGAAGAAGUGGAUGAUCAAAUAUUUACGGAUAUUCCAACUGCGAAUUCUUGCUCACUUUUUGGAAUUAAGAUUUGCAAAGAAGAAUGUUCCCUGACGAUAGAUGGAAUUCGGAUCCUUUUGAUUAGUCAAUUGCACGAUUUACCGAUUAUAAAUUUGAAUUUAAAACCCUUGAAAAUUGAUCUGAAUGACUGGUCGUCUGAACUAAAUUUGAAUACCCAUUUGGAACUUUUUAUGAAUUUUUAUAAUUUUGCUAACUCCCAUUGGGAGCCGUUUUUAGAACCUUGGGCUUUUGGGUUUCAUUUAUCCCGAAACCCUAUUACCUUUAAAAGUGCUCUUUAUUUAAUCUCAAGGAAGAAAUUAGAACUGGUAAUAACUUCUCAACUCUUGGAAACGCUAAAUUUUGGGUUUUCAAAAGGAAUUAAUGAGAAUUUGCCGGCUUCAUCUAAAACAGAUGCACCAUACCGUAUUCAUAAUCAUACUGGACAUACUUUGAGUAUUUGGGCCGAUUAUGAAGGAAGUGAUAAUUCUUACGUGCGCAGAUUAGAGGAUGGAAAAGGAACCGAUUGGAAGUUUGAAGAAUGGCGGCAAAUGCAAGAUAUCAUGAAGCAAGACGGAAACAGAUCAUGCAUAGGCAUACAUUUUGAAAAUGGCGCCUUUCAAACUUUACGACGUAUACAGGUGAACAAAGUGGGAGAGUAUAUCUUUCCACUUAUAUCUGAAAGUUCAUCCGUAAAGCAUUAUAUAGUCGUUGAUGUUUCUUUAAGCAGAGAAUAUGUUAAGCAUAUCUCUUUGAGGUCUCCUUUAUUAUUGAAAAAUGAAAGUAUGAUGGAAGUAGAUAUCAUUUUGUGUGAUUCGGAUGGACAUAGGAAAUCGCCGAUUUACACGAUCCCCCCAAAAGAGGUCUGUAAUCUACCUAUUGAAGCCGCUUACGAGAAUCUUAUUCAUAUACGGCCAAUUUCAGAAUUUGGAUAUGCCUGGUCAUUAGAACCUAUAAAUUGGAGACUUUUAGCCGAGAAGAAGAAAAGUACACUUUCGUGUUCCCAAUUACAUCAGGCUGAUAAAGUUCCCUUUUGUCGAUUCGCAGUGAACGCAGAAUACAAAAACAAGCAGAUCGCUUCGCAUUAUCCAUACAUGCACAUAAACAUAACUGCUUUACUAGAGUUAAGAAAUUUGUUACCCAUUGAUAUUCAGGUCAAAAUCAUCGAUAAGGAAGCAAAUUCAACUUGGAUAUCGAAGGUCGAUGUUGGUAAAUGCUCUUACGUUCAUUCAGUUGACAUGUCUCAUGUUUUGCUUUUGCAAGUCCAAACGCCUAAUUCUGAACUUGUUUCUAAUUCAUUUGCUACCAUUGUUACUAAUAAUCCGGAAGUAUACGAAAGAGAUAAAUACCUUACAGUGACACUUCAGGACGGAAGAAAAGUCAAGCUAGGUUUGAAAUAUGUUGAAGUUUACCCAGGAAUUUUUCAUAUUGAAAUUUUUAGUCCAUACGUUGUGAUUAAUAAAACUAGGACGCCGUUAGCCAUUGGUCCAAAAAGCGAAUAUAAAAAGUUCGCAUUUUCUUCUGUUAAGCUUUCUGAGGGUAGCAAUGACCAGGCAAUUCCGUGUCUUUUUUCAUAUUGGAAAAAUCAUGGUAGCCGUCGGUGCCGUUUACAAAGUAAUAACUCACAGUGGAGUGAGCCAAUUAGCUUUGACGCAAUUGGCAGUGUCUUCGAAGUCGAACUUCCCCAUAAGUACCUUCAUGAUCUUGUUUACAAAGUUGGUGUAUUUAUUGAAACAGGACCUAAUGGGUACUCAAAUACAAAAGUUGUCACUAUAGCAUCAAGGUUCCUGAUAAUUAAUAAAACCCGAUGGAUGCUCUCGAUAGCUGAACCUAAUGAAGAAGGUACAAUGGAGGUUCAACCCAAUCAAGAAGACUUUUUGAAGUAUAUAACAAAAGCGACAUCUCCAAUGAUCCGAGUUUCCUGUAAUGACUUUUUUGAAUGGUCUUCACCAUUUUGUAUUGAGGAAAUUGGCUCCAUAUAUCUUCGUUUACCUACGAUAGAAGGUGAAAGGCUAAUAAGGGCCGAGAUUACUUUAGAUAGGGCGACUAUUUUCAUUUACUUCAUAGAGGAAAACGGAGCAUGGCCAUUUUAUAUAAGGAAUGAGACGAAUCUAAACUUUAAGUUCUCACAGGUUAAUAUCGUUGAUGAAGAGAGUAAAAAACGGAGCCAAGUUAUCGAACAAAAGACACACAAUUUGCCUUCACACAGUGAAAUUAAAUAUUCUUGGGAUUAUCCGUCUUCGCUAUCCAAGGAAAUUGUUUUGCAUAGUGGCUCAAACAAGUGUGUAACGACGUUGGCAGAAAUUGGCUCUUUAACGCCUUUCAAAAUAAAGGAUGGAUCUGGUGUUUCUACUUAUAUUUCAAGAGACAUUAUCGCAAGUGGUAUUUCGAAAAUUUUGAUUCUAAAACCCACUGAUAUGGCUUCAGUAGUUGCGAAACCAAAGCUUUCAAGUAAGGUAGCUUGUGAAGAAACGGACUUCAGCUUAGAACAAGCCGACACUUAUAUAGAUUUAUCCGUUAAGUUUAUAAUGGAAGGAAUUGGUAUAUCUCUUGUUUGUAGAAACACACAAGAACUAGCCUACAUAACCUUUCAUGGUGUUAAUUUCUUUUUUACUGAGUCUAGUACUCUCCGAACCUUCAAACUGGAUAUCCGAUGGAUACAAGCCGAUAAUCAGUUGUAUGGAGGUAUUUAUCCUUUACUUGUGUAUCCUACCAUUCUAUCUCAGGAGGAAGCAAUGAACGAUAACUCUUUGCUCCCGACUUUUCAUUCUAUGGUAGCCUUGAUGAAAAACGAUACCUAUGGUAUCAUGUACGUUAAAUAUGCUACGAUAUUACUGCAAGAACUCUCUAUUGAAAUUGACGAAGACUUUGCAUUUGCUGCGGUUGAAUUUAUGAAAGAUUCAAUGCCUCAAUCGUUUAAGUCGUCAGAAGAUAUAAUGUUUGACACUAGCUUGUGUAUACGUGUACCGAAUGAAUUUAGUUCUGAUAUGAAGGUGUAUUUUGAAAUUCUCAACUUGCAGCCAAGUCAACUUCACUUGUCUUUUGUGAGAACGGAGCGGAUAAACAAUGCAAACACAUCGGUAUCAUCGCAUAACCCCUUUGUCUUCUUUGUAAAUAUUUUGUCUAUGGCGAUUGGAAACAUUAAUGAUGCACCUGUUCGUUUAAAUGCUUUGAUAAUGGAUAAUGCUCAUGUAUCUUUGCGACGUUUGUUUGAGCUUGUCAGGAACCAUUAUGAACAAGAGAUGCUUUUUCAAGUUCACAAAAUUGUUGGCUCUGCUGACUUCUUAGGAAAUCCCGUUGGCUUAUUUACCACGAUUACAUCGGGUUUUGCUGACAUAUUUUACGAACCUUUUCAUGGAUUUAUUAUAAAUGAAGGAUCUUAUGAACUUGGGAUUGGGUUUGCUAAAGGAACUGCAAGUUUUGUUAAGAAAACAAUAUUUGGUUUAACUGACACCGUGACAAAGCUAGCAGGUACAAUUUCAAGAAGUUUAAGUGUAAUUACCAUGGAUCAAAAGUUUCAGACUCGUCGACGAACCGCACGUAUACGGAAUCGGCCGGUUCAUCUUUUAUACGGGGUUACGGCUGGUGCAACUUCAUUUUACACCGGAGUUCGAAGUGGUCUUAGUGGAUUAGCUCUUCAGCCUGUUUUAGGGGCAAGAAGAAAUGGAGUUCCAGGAUUUAUGAAAGGUCUUGGUAAAGGUAUGGUUGGAGUUACUACUAAGCCUCUCGUAGGUCUCUUUGAUUUUGCAUCAAGUAUCACGGAAGGCGCCAGAAAUACAACGACAGUAUUUGACGAACGGAGCAUUGAAAAAAUAAGAAUGUCAAGGCUAGUUCACAAGGACGGAGUUGUUCAUCCGUUUGAUUUGAGAGAAGCUCUGGGCCAGUAUUGGUUGAAACAUCUUGACAAUGGGCGAUACUUCAAUGAAUACUAUAGGGCGCACAUAGUCAUCAAGAGUCAAAAGAUUGUUAUUCUAACUGACCGACGCGUUAUGUUUGUUCGAUCAAAGAGUUUACGAUGUUCAAAAGAGUUUCCUCUUCGAAAACUACAAGAUGUUGAAUUAAGAGAAGACCUUAAAAUAGCGCUGAUCCUGAAAAAGGGUACUUGUUACGAAUUUCGGGUUCCUCAGAGUACUGCCCGAGAAUAUAUAUUUCGGCAAAUACGAGACGAGCUUAGUAGUUUACAGCAUACUAUUGCUUACGAACUCGAACUGUUAUAAGACUUUUUUUAGAGUGAAAAUUGAUAUGAGUCAUCGCUUCCCAAUGGGGCAGCUCACGAUUUCCCGCAAUGGUAUACUUUCAUUACACUUUUCUUAUAACGAUCAAGAUUUAGGGACUACAAAAUUUCUCCUUCGUUUUAACGUUUAUGACUUUAUUUUAUUUAUUUAAUUAUUCUAUUCAAUAUUGGUUCCUAUGUAUUAGCACGUAGACUCCAUUACUUUUGUGCUACAUAUUGCCAGAUUGGAUUACUUGAGUUUCAGAUAUCUUACAUUUUGGUUUUUAUAUAUCCAUAAUAA